GUAGCUGGGUUCUCAUUGGGCGUCGUAGCACUGCCUCCCGAGUUCAUUUAUGUGCAGGGAGUGAGUGAUUGACUUUAUCAGUCCAAGGACAUCAUUCGUCUGGAAAGGGGGGGAAGUUUGAUCCUCUUUCUCACGGAUCCCAGUUACUGGAGUUUUUCUCCUCGCUCUGUAAGCGAAGGAUUGUUUUUUUGGUGUUUUUACAGUAAAACAAAUCUUAUUCUACGUUUCAACGCACUGAAAUCGGGUUCCCGUUAUCCGCGGUUAGAGUGAGCUCCACUAACCUGGGGUUUCAGUUCAUUUUUUCUUUUAUUUCGUUUUCUAAGUUCGUUUGAGCCCAAUGACUAUGCUCCUUGACAGCGGUCCGCAGUUCCCAUCGCUAGGAGUGGGGGGUUUCGGAACACCGCGGCACCAUGAGAUAGGGAACAGAGACCCCGGGUUGGGGCUCAAUCCCUUCGCUGAUUCAUCCCACUCCGCAGCUUUCAAACUCAGCCCAGUGGCUCACGAUAUAACCUCCAGCCAGACUUCAGCUUUUACCCCGCAAGCCAGUGGAUAUGCUGCUGCCCUGGGACACCAUCACAGCGGACAGGUGGGUUCGUACGGCGGGGGACCGUUCAAUUCAACCCGGGACUUUCUAUUCAGAAACCGUGGCGUUGGAGAGUCUGCUGCAUCGAGUGCCCAGCAUGGGAUCUUUGCCGCUUCUGCUGGGAGCCUGCAUGGACCUCCUGGAAUCUCCGAUAACCCUGGACAUCUGUUGUUUUCAGGGCUCCACGACCAGGGCGUGAGCCACACUUCCCCAAGCGGACAUGUAGUCAACAGUCAAAUGCAUCUUGGUUUACGCGGGGACAUUUUUGGAAGACCCGAUCCGUACCGUCCGGUCGCCAGCCCUCGGACGGACCCCUACGGCGCUCAGCUCCACAACUACAACCAUCCAAUGGGGCUGAAUAUGGGGAUGAAUGUGCCGACACACCACGGUCCUGGGGCCUUCUUUAGAUACAUGAGGCAACCCAUAAAGCAAGAAAUGUCCUGUAAAUGGAUAGAUGAGAACCAGAUGAACCGACCCAAAAAGACUUGCGAAAGGACUUUCAGCACAAUGCACGAGAUGGUGACGCAUGUCUCCAUGGAGCACGUUGGCGGCCCCGAGCAAAGUAACCACAUUUGCUUCUGGGAGGAUUGCCCGAGAGAGGGGAAAUCAUUUAAGGCCAAGUACAAACUUGUGAACCACAUUCGAGUGCACACUGGAGAGAAACCAUUCCCUUGUCCAUUCCCUGGCUGUGGGAAAAUUUUCGCCAGGUCGGAAAAUUUGAAAAUUCACAAACGAACACACACAGGUGAGAAGCCGUUCAAGUGUGAAUUCGACGGCUGCGACAGACGCUUCGCCAACAGCAGUGACAGGAAAAAGCACAUGCACGUGCACACUUCGGAUAAGCCUUACAUCUGCAAAGUGUGCGACAAGUCCUACACGCACCCCAGCUCUCUCAGGAAACACAUGAAGGUACACGAGUCUCAAGGUUCUGAGUCGUCUCCAGCAGCAAGUUCUGGAUAUGAGUCGUCCACACCACCAGUUCUGGUAUCAGCGAACACUGAAGACCCAACAAAAACACCACCGUCAGCCGUGCAAAACACGUCGGGGCACAGCGAUGGACUGCCACCCAACUUUAAUGAAUGGUAUGUUUGAAGUCAUAACCAGGCUCUCAAUGUGGACCAAGAUUAAAAACUCACACCAAGGUGUACACAAAAUUGGAUUGGAGCAACACGAGGAGAUGAGAGUAAGCCAGCAGUAGCAGGCCUCGUCCUUUCUCAGGAUUGGGGUUUGACUUUUAUUCCGAGUUCGAAGAAAACAAAUAAAUCAUAAAUAAUGAAAUAAUACUUUCUAAGAAUAAAUAAAACGUUUUUUUCCCUUUUUUAGUUUACAGAUAUCAAAUGAUUAUUUUAUUUUUCAUUUUAUGUAUUUUCUCAAAAUUGUAUUUAAAAAGAAAGAAAAAGGAAUAAUAUUUCACGGUGUUUUAUAUAAUGGUGACAUACUACAGUCGCCUUUCAAUUGAUUGUUAAAACUUCAGACAGUCUUAAGAAACGUGCCAAAGUCUUUGUCUUGAACUUGAACAAAAAAUAAAUCAUAAAUAAAUAUAUACUCGUGAAUGUAUUUCCUUGUUUGAUGGGGUCGAAUCUGUUGUCAAUGUCAGUUUUCAGGUGGAGAAAUGUGGUAUUAGGUUACGAUUGUUACCGUUGAAUAUAACGUUGCCUUUUGUUAAUAACGUUGUAAAUACAUAUCCAUGCUGCCAUAUUUAUCAAUUUGUAAUUUAAUUAUGGGUAUAAGUUCUGAAACUUAAAGAUAUUUAUGGAAAUGUUUUCUAACAAGACUGUACAGAUUUGGGUCAUAACCAUCUUAACAUUGAACAAAGUGAUCAACUCUAAAGCGCCAAUAUUGCGAUUGUAUCUUUUUUAAGCAAUAUAUGUGUCUUAUUUGGAUCCAAGAUAUCAUCUAUAUAAAUAUGAUGAAUUUGUCUAUAAUUUGUCUAUAUGAUGCCCAUUUUUCCAUCACUUAUUGUUUAGCUUGUGAGACCAUUGAUAUGUGAAUCAUCAAUUCUGUAAAUCUGAAUUGUUUUCAAGUGAGUUGACAAACUAUAUAAAACGGUUCUGUCCAUAUCCCUAUAGUCAAAUUAACUUUUUUUGUACAUUUUACUUCGAUAGAAUCAGAGAAUAGAGCUCAACUGUAGCAUAAUUUCAGUACACAUUCGAACGAUCCAUCAGCUAUUGCACCCGUCGCAUUUACAGAUGUUAUACCUAGUUCAUUCAUGAAUUCCAAGUAUUUCAAAUUCGGGUCAAAUACCCAAACAUAUGAGCCAGUAUGGCAGUCCUUUAUAGUUCCAAAAAUGUCUUUGUGCAAGUAGGCCUCUGUUAAAAUGUGUGCAUCGGCAACAAUGGAACUGUCACAACACAGUAUCUUCAAAAUAAAAGUGUUUUUGUCUGUCAGCUUGCAUUGUUUUAAAUGUAAUUAUUCUGUGAAACUAAGCGUGUUAUUUGUUAUAAGUACUGUGGUGUUGCAUAUAGAGAAGUUUGAUUACACAUUUGCUUGUUUUGUGUGAAUAAGCUGUCGAGAAAACAUUUUUGUGUGAACAAAAUUUAGUCUGGGAACACUAAUAGAUAUAUGUGGGUUGGGGAAAAUAUGUUCAGUGGCACAAAGAGUUACAGCAUUGCAUUGUAACCUAUUUUCAAGAAUUGAAUCUUAUGCAUACCACAAAAUAUAUUGUGCUUAUGAGAACGAUUUCAGACCACCAGCACUACAAAAUGUAAAAACAGUACCUCGUAAGUGACAGUGAUAAAUAAAAUACGUUUAUUUAAAUAAUUUAAGGAAUAUAUGUUUUAUAUACUAUUUUCUAUACAUCAAUUUAAAAGAAACACUUUUUUCUUAUUCCCACAACCCGUAUGCCCCAUGUCCUGUCAAAGCAAAUUUUUUGAUGUAUAAACGCAGCUAGAAUGUGAUGUUGUAACACUUUCUGGGAGAAAUGGGUCACGCACCAAGUUAUUCCUGAAAAGCAAAAUGUUUUACUGAUGAACUGUGUCACUGUGCCACAAUCGAGGCAAACGAUGAUACAACAGCGAGCCUAUUUGUUAUUUAGCGGAAAGAGGCAAAGGUUCCUUAUACUUUUUAAAGUAGGCUAUUGUUUGUUGGUUUGUUUGUUUUACCAACUAUUUAUGAAGAAAUGUGAACAUACAUUUUGACUGAAAUAAAAUAAAUAAAAAAGUAACAGACUGCGA